AAAACCUGCGGAGAUUUAAAUGCGCGCGGACCGUCACGCCACGGGACAAUCCUUUCACUCAACAGCAGCGGUAUGACACAAACUAGCGAUUUUUGGUUUUCGACUGUUGGUUAAGAAAGGGUAAGCUAAACUCCAGACUUGUGUCUACGGGAUACCGGUAUAAUGAGUAAACUCAGUCCUCUCAGUAAUCUUGCCAAGUUUAUCAAAAAAUCGUCUGAUAAUGGGCCAGUCAGUGGGGAGCAGCUCUGCAUGGAAGACUGCAAAUCUCUGUGCCGCUGCGGGCCGGACCCGUGCGUUUGUCCUUUCUCACAAAAUAGAAAAGAUGGACCCCAGGAAUAUAAGGAAAAUGGAAGUCCACAGGAAAGCUGGACCCCUGAAAAACAUGCUUUUGAUAAUCUUGCCUAUGAACCAGAGGGCCACAAUGGACUGAAGCACAGUUUGGACCACAAAUUGGUGGUCAAGGAGAGCGAGGUGAAGAUCCGGGUGCAGGGAAUGACCUGUCAAUCAUGUGUCCGAUCUAUUGAAGAGCGGAUUGGAAGUCUUGAAGGUGUUGUUGGUGUCCAGGUGUCUUUGAGCGAUAAAGAAGCCUCUUUGAGGUUUAACCCUGGAACAGUAACACCAGAAGUUUUGAGAAAACAUAUUGAGGAUAUGGGGUUUGAUGCUUCACUUAUGGCCUUGCCGAGUCAACUGCAGCCUUCGGUGACUGAUUGGUCUGAUGUAACGUUAGGUGUAGAAGGGAUGCAUUGCGGGUCAUGUGUGAAGAACAUUACAGAGACCUUGUCGGGAGUGGUAGGUGUCAACUCUGUAUUCGUUUCAUUGGAAAAAGGAACUGUGGACCUUAGAUUCGACCCAUCGCUGCUAACCCUGGAGACAGUUAAAGGGCUCUUAGAGGAGAUUCCACCAGGGAAUUUUAGGGUUUCCAUUCCUGGUUGGAAUUCUAGAUUGAAUUCUGCCAGUAUUCCACCUCAGACUGUGACCAUCAGAAUAGAAGGAAUGACAUGCAGCUCUUAUGUUCAAGCCAUAGAGGGAAUGGUGUCCCAAAGAGCCGGAGUAUAUGCCAUAAAAGUUUGCUUACAGGAAAAGAAGGGAAUUGUAACAUUUGACUCCAGUGUGACCUGUCCAGAAGAACUGCGGUCGGCAAUUGAGGACAUGGGAUUUGAAGCGUGGCUGGAUCAAGAUUCUGGAAUUUAUGAAGUUUCAUCAAGUAGUCAAAUGUCAAGUGCUCUGAAACAAAGCCACACAUCCAAAACUUCAGCAAGUGAAAUCGCCAAUGACAACCCCUGUGGCUCAGAGGACAGAGAGACACGCAAAUGUUUUGUUCAUGUGACAGGGAUGACCUGUGCAUCCUGUGUGACCAACAUUGAAAAAAAUCUGUUGAAACACAAAGGUAUUAAAUCAGUAUUAGUCGCUCUGAUGGCUGGGAAGGCAGAGGUGAAGUAUGAUCCAGGGCUUCUGGACCCACCACAGAUCAUCCGGCUCAUCUCUCGUUUAGGGUUUGGUGCCUCAGUGAUGGAAGAGAGUACACUCCACGACGGCGUCUUGGAUCUUUCUGUCACAGGUAUGACAUGUGCUUCCUGUGUCCAUAACAUCGAAAGCAUGCUUCUGAGGACAAAAGGAAUACUGGAAGCCUCUGUUGCUUUAGCGACAAACAAAGCUCAUGUGAAGUUUGACUCGGAUUUGGUAGGCUCUAGAGAUAUCGUCCGAAUUAUUGAGGGUUUGGGUUUUGGUGUGUCUUUAAUAAAAAAUGAGGGAUUGAACAACACACUGGACCACCAAGAGGAAAUUCGGCAAUGGAAGCAUUCGUUUCUGUUCAGCCUGGUGUUUGGGAUCCCAGUGAUGGGUCUGAUGAUCUACAUGAUGGUGAUGGACAGUCAACACAAGGAACAUGGUGGUUCCAUGCCUGUGGACCAGAACAUCCUACCUGGUCUCUCCAUCAUUAACUUGGCCUUCUUCCUGCUCUGCACACCUGUUCAGUUUCUAGGUGGCCGUUACUUCUACAUACAAGCAUACCGUUCGCUAAGACAUGGCGUAGCCAACAUGGACGUGCUCAUCGUCUUGGCAACCACCAUUGCAUACGUCUAUUCAUUCAUAGUGCUGAUCGUAGCUAUGAUUGAAGGAGCCAAACAGAGUCCCCUGACGUUUUUUGACACUCCUCCAAUGCUUUUUGUGUUCAUUGCUCUAGGACGCUGGUUGGAGCAUGUUGCUAAGGUAAAGAAACAUACAGUCAAAUUCAAAAAAAAAAAUCCUUACAGCACCUUUAAUUAUUAUCAAAACAAUAUUAAAGAAGAGCAGGUUUCUGUGGAGCUGGUGCAGAGAGGCGACGUAGUAAAGGUGGCACCAGGGGGAAAGUUCCCUGUUGACGGGAAGGUCAUUGAAGGCACGUCUAUGGCAGAUGAGUCCCUUAUCACUGGGGAGCCAAUGCCGGUCAUUAAGAAACCAGGCAGUUGUGUGAUUGCAGGCUCUAUUAACGCUCAUGGAGCUCUGCUAGUGGAAGCCACACAUGUAGGGGCAGAGACCACGCUCAGCCAGAUAGUCAAGCUAGUGGAAGAGGCCCAGACAUCAAAGGCACCGAUUCAACAGUUAGCUGACAAACUGAGUGGCUAUUUUGUUCCGUUCAUAGUGGUGAUCUCCGUGCUCACAGUGGUCGCAUGGCUCAUCAUUGGCUUUCUGGACUUUGAUGUCGUGGCAAAGCAUUUCCCCGGUUUCAACCAAAACAUCCCCCGAACAGAGGUGAUCGUUCGCUUUGCCUUCCAGGCCUCCAUCACGGUUCUGUCCAUUGCGUGCCCCUGCUCUCUAGGUCUGGCAACCCCCACUGCUGUUAUGGUGGGCACAGGGGUGGGCGCUCAGAAUGGCAUUCUCAUAAAGGGAGGAGAACCUCUGGAGAUGGCCCACAAGGUUGGGGCUGUUAUGUUUGAUAAGACGGGCACCAUCACUAAUGGUGUGCCGCAGGUGACCAGAGUACUGGUCCUGUGGGACCGAGCAAGGCUUCCUCUUCGGAAGGUUCUGGCUGUGGUGGGCACCGCUGAGGCCAGCAGUGAACACCCGCUAGGCAUGGCUGUCGCCAAACACUGCAAAGAGGAGCUGGGAACAGAAACUCUGGGCUACUGCCAUGACUUCCAGGCUGUUCCAGGCUGUGGAAUCAGCUGUAAAGUCUCCAACAUUGAGGAUCUGCUGCAGGACAGCCCAAAGACACAAGAAACAAACACAUCCGCAGCAAAGCAAACACCACUUCUUGUCACCCUCCAAGGAGCCACCACAGAUGAGAGCAGCCUGGUGGCAGACACCGAGACAAAUUCAGGGUCAGAUAGCCCUUCGUACUCUGUUUUGAUCGGGAAUAGACAGUGGAUGAUGAGGAACGGUUUGGAGGUCACAGCUGAUGUGGAUGAUGCCAUGAACAGCCAUGAGACUAAAGGACAGACGGCCAUACUUGUGGCCAUCGAUGGUGUGCUGUGUGCUAUGUUAGCUGUAGCAGACACAGUGAAGGAAGAGUCGGCUCUAGCUGUUCACACCCUGAGCAGUAUGGGAAUAGAGGUCUUCAUGAUCACUGGAGACAACAGACGCACAGCCCAGGCCAUCGCCACACAGGUGGGCAUCAGCAAGGUGUUUGCGGAAGUCUUGCCCUCCCAUAAAGUGGCAAAAGUCCAGGAAUUGCAGGAACAAGGUCUGAAAGUUGCGAUGGUGGGCGAUGGGGUCAAUGAUUCGCCCGCUCUUGCCCAUGCUGAUCUGGGCAUAGCCAUAGGAACGGGCAUGGAUGUUGCCAUUGAAGCAGCAGAUAUUGUCCUAAUACGGAAUGAUUUGAUGGAUGUGGUGGCCAGUAUCGAGCUGUCUAAAAAGACAGUGCAGAGAAUCCGGAUAAACUUUGUGUUUGCUCUCAUUUAUAACUUGCUUGGCAUCCCUAUCGCAGCAGGUGUGUUCAUGCCGGUUGGGCUGGUUCUGCAGCCGUGGAUGGGCUCUGCUGCGAUGGCAGCUUCAUCUGUCUCUGUUGUGCUCUCCUCUCUGCUGCUGCGACUCUACAAGAAGACAUCAGUAGAAGAGUAUGAGUCCAGAGCUCAGAGUCAUAGGCUCAGUCUGAGUCCGUCUCAGGUCAGCACCUAUGUAGGACUCGAAACUCGUCGCUGCAGCCCUCAUUCAUUCCACCGGGGCUUGGACAGACACAGACGGAGCGGUUCAGGCUCCUCCACCCACCCCUCCACCACACAACCAUACAGCACCUCAGGAAGAAACAUUGUGUUUCUUAAUAGAUUAGAAACACUUAAUAGAUUUUAGCUAUUGCUGUUAUAAUAGGAAACCAUGGCAUCAAGAAUUUUGCUCGAGGGUUAAAGAUUUCCUAACGCAGAUUCAAGGAAAAGGUUUAAGAUAGUCAUGUUGAUUCACUGUGAUUUUCGCAACCACCAAUUUUAUCAUUUUACCAAAUGUCUGCUGUAUUUUAAUCAGGGUUUAGCAACAUAAACAUUCUUUGUUUAUUGCAACGGAGGAUGGCAAUGUACAUGAUGAUCAUGCAUGUAAAACCAGUUUAAUUUUUUACUAAAAGGGUCAUGAAAAUUUACUUAUUGCUUGUUUUCUUUAAGAGACGCAUUUUUUUUCCAAUGGCAGAAUCUAGAAGAAUCAGUGUCCAAUAAUGAAUGCAGUAGGCACCCAAAUAUUGGUAAAAUUGGGCAACAAUCUCUAACAGAAUAGUAUUACUGGAUCAGAUUAUUUGACAUUGCUCUCUUGUGGUUUGGAAAAUUAAUGGAUGGAUGGAUGGAUCUCUUUGUACAGUACAAGGUUGAUUUGGCGUUUCUUGGCCAAUAGGUGUCAGCAACGUUGAACAGAUAUGGCUGGAUUGUAACUAAUGCCACUGGUAAAACAAUAUGAUAAGUAGGGUUUGUAGAAAUUGAUUGAUUUGACUUUGAUCCGACAUUAGAUUCAUAGUGGAUUAUUUUACAAUUAUCUUAAAUUGCUUCCAGAUGACAUGUUUAAGGAUAAAAGAAGUGUCAGAAUAAAUGCAGAGGCACCUUUACAGGGACACUUUUAUUUUAGAAAAAGUGGAUAUGUUUAUUAAAUAUACAGUUAGCAAUGUAAAUGAGCCUGUCCAUGAGUUUUCAGAUAAAAAAAUAAAGUGCAUGGUCCCAAC